AUGAUUAAUGAUGAUGAAUUUAUCGCAAAUUACGAAUCCAAAUAUGUUACAAAUAAGCAAUCCAAACGUGAGAUUUUCUCCAACACCUUUGAAGAUGGCCAAGACCUGUUUGACUUAUUAGAUUCUAUAACUAAAAGUGAUUGUUUACCUAAGAAACUAAAGAAAAAUACCUUACCUUCUACAGAUGUUACUAAAGCGGGCAAAAAUGUAGUAACAUCUCUAUCGCCAGAUCGAGAAUCGCCAACCAAGGGGUUGAACCUGGAAUCUGAUGAAGAAAUUUGUUAUUCAAAUGACAAUUCCAAAGAAUUGCCAUUUGAUUACACCAAGAAGAGAAAAUUGCCUAACAUAACUAAGAAUAAAAAUGGCAAAACUGUGGAUAUAAAAUCAAAUGACAAUUCAUUAAGGGAUGAAAAGUGGAUAGUAUGCAAAGGAAAGGUAAUUUCCCAAUUAAAUCGUCUCUCCGAGGGAAAUAUAAGCAUCGUUAUUGAAGAAUUGACUAAACUAAUUUCAUUACUCAAUAUACAAUCAGGGAAGCUACCUUAUGAAAUUUCCAAAGAUUUAGCGGAAUUAAUUAUUCUAUUCUCAAUAUCAAAUGAACAAUUACAACCUUCAGUUAUCAUGACAUACACUGGAAUAAUUAGUUGGUUAUCAUCAUUAGUGCCCGAAAUUGGAUAUAUAUUUAUUGGAAAUCUGCAUGAUUUGGUACAAGAGUCCACUACUACAUUAGUGAACGCAAAUUCAAAUGAUGAUAAAAUAAUAGCCAGUAAAAAGUCAAUUGCAAAAAAUUGCAUAAUAUCAUUAGCAUCCCUGUUCCACUUUGGAAUGCUAGAUAUCGAAUUAUUGUGCGAUAUUAUACAUAUAAUUACUGAUUGUGAUAUGAAUGAUGAAUUAUCCUAUGUGAUAAUAACUUUAAUUAGAUAUUUUGGACACGUUGUACAUAUUAAAUCUCCACAAAUCAUCCAACAGAUUUUGUCACAAAUUCAGACCAAAAUUGAUGAAUAUAAAACAACUUGCAUUGAUUAUUCUAAGAGUGUUGUUAGGUUUUUGGAGUUGGAAAUAUGCGAGCGUAAAUUAAAAUGUAAUACGCUACCCCUCGAUAAUCUAAAGGAGACUCUUAAAAGGCAUUGCAAUAUUUCCGUGUUUGUAUCAAAGGUCAAUUUUUACAACUUUAUCAAUUCUCCACAUAGGCAUAUUGAUCCUUCAAAAGCUUUAAAGUACAUAUCUACUGAUUAUUCACAAUUGCCCACCGGCCAAUCCAAUGAAACAAAAAAACUGUUGUCCAAAGCUUCCUCUCUUGGAUUGUCCAAUAGUACACAAAAGUCCGUGUUUUUGACAUUAAUGCGCUCACAUGAUUCCGCUCAAGCCUUUAAAAUUAUCACAGACAAUUUCCCAUCUAAAAAUAAUAUAUUAAAUAUCGUGAAGACAGUGAUAACAUGUCUUCUUGCUGAAAGACAGUUCAACCCCUUCUACAUACAAGUUAUUGAACAGCUUAAUAAAUUUGGCAAUAAGGCCUGGAAUAAAAGCUUCAAAUACACGCUUCGCUGUACUAUACAUAAUCAAUAUAUUAACACGGAUAAAUUUUCAAAGAGGAAGAAGAGGAUUCUACAAAUGGCCAUUAGUCAUAUGAAUGACAAGAAAUUAAUCGACGAACAUGCUGUUAAAUCAGUUGAAAAUGACAGAAUUAGUAACAACAAUUUUGAUGAAUGA